AUGAUCGAAAUUGUGACCCCUGCCGGUGGUGACAACUUUGCGUCUGAAGUCAGAGUCAAAUUUGAAGACACCUCGGCUGUCGUGCGUUUCGACGAGAUGAAGGACGGGAUGUCGGCUGUCGAGCCAGGUGGCCCAUGGUGGCCUGGCGCCCUGGAGCAUGCAGUUCUAUACGCCCAGAACUUGACACCUCUACAGGUCUGCGACCCUAAGCUAGGAGGAUAUGUGUUCGAGUCCAUGCGCGCUUUGUUCGGACACGACGGUGCGAGCUACGACGUACCUGCAACUGUUGCCAACAAAGCGGAAGUACUGCAGGCAUUGAAAUCGUGCCAGUCCCGCGUUGUCGUCUGGUGCACGAGCCCCGAGGAGCCCGGUAUUACGCUGCCACGAGGCCUCGUAGGGGACCAUUGCUGGGCGGUAUCAGCCUACAAGGAAUUCAUUGGCGGAACCGUUCAACUCGAAGACCCCAACGGUGGUCAAGUGACCGUGACAAAUGUCGACGCCAUCUUCACUUGUACCGACACCGAGGCAAGCGUGUUUAUAGAUUAUGAGAAGGACCCCAAUGCUCCGCCACCGCUCCCAAUUGCAUCCCCCAGCGCCACUCAAUGUGACCCAUCGUCCUCCUCGGAAGCGACAACGUCGUCUCCAACAUCAACACCCUCCACUACACCCACCACCAACCCCGAAAAUGGAAAUGAGGGCGCCCAGAAGGCUGUAGAGGCUGCCGCAGCUGCCGCCGCUGGCACUGGUCCUGGUGUAGUGGCUGCCAUCGAGACCGCUACUGCAGGGUUGUCCGGCCUCGCUCUUCUGGUAGCUCUCUAUCUUUUGGACAUUGCCCGAAAGGCAAGUGAUGGUGGCGGCAGUGGGCAGGACGUCUACGAUGCUGUACAGAAGGCAGUCAGUGUGGAGGAGGCCAAAGGCGGUACUGCUGUGCCAGGCGAUGUCGUCACGGUCACCCUCAAUGGCAGUGAGGUGCCGGUCACAAUCACCUCAGAGUCAGCGGCUCAGGUAACCAUGUCUGGUGAUGGUGCUCUAGUCCCCGCCACUGGUGAUGGUGCUCUAGUUCCCGUCGCUACACCCAGCACGAACGACACGUUGUAG